AUGCAGCCUCCUACUCUCCUCUUGCCAACCAUGGCUGCCGACGGUGUUGCCGUUGCGGUGUCCGACUAUGUCGAGCUCAACGGCUUCAACCUCGCCAGCCACGCCGCUGCUCUCGAGCAGUCGGUGCUUGGCAAGCCCCACCUCCUCAGCACCGCCAGCCUCGCCGCUGCGGUGCCCACCAUCUGCGGCAAGCGUUCGCGCUCCAACUCGGACGCCUCGUCGUCGUAUUCCUCUUCCGCCGCCUCGAGCCACGCCUCGGUCUUUUCGUCCGAGCACGACGGCUCCGAGUCCGGCUACGACUCGCACACGAGCAUCGGCGACCAGACGCCGUGCUCGCGCAAGAGUUCCAUGAGCGAGACUUCGUCGUCUCAGCAGCUCGACAACCUUGCCACUUGGCGCGCCGACCUGCUCGCCGCCUCGCACGCCGAACGCGAGCGGUGCGCCAAGCGCAUCCGCGAUCUGCAGGGCGAAGUGGUCCGACUCGCCACCGAGGUCGUCGCCACCGACGCUGCUGCCGCAUCUGCUGCAGUCGCUCACAACGUGGCGGUAGCGCCUGCGAGCGCUGGCCCGUCCACCGUCUCGCCCGCCUCCACCUCGUCGCCCUCGGCUUCGUCGGCGGACGAGUCCAAGAAUGCCCUCGUCGAUGGACUAGUUGACUCCGCAUGCCGAACGCUGGACGUCAUCUGGAACGCCUCGAGCCCCUCGGCCGCAGCGGCGUGCGACCUGAACAAGGGCAAGAGCGCGCUGCCUCUCCAGGUGUUUGUGCGCGAGACUCUGCGCCGUGGCCGCGCAUCGUGCUCGACGCUGCAGGCUGCGCUGCUGUACUGCGUGCGGCUGGGCGAUGCGGCCAAGCAGUCGGCGCAGCAUACGCUCAAGGAGUCGACGCGCGCCGUGGGCGUCUCGGUCAGCGUCGAGACGGACGCCGCCUCGCCCAUGCUCGGCAUGAGCAAGGAGGAGCUGUGCCUGAUCCGAUGCCCGCGCCGCAUGUUUUUGGCGUCGAUCAUGGUGGCGAGCAAGUUUGUGCAGGAUCGCACGUAUUCGAACCGCGCGUGGUCCAAGAUCUCGGGCCUGCCGGUCAAGGAUCUGGGCAAGCUGGAGCGCGCGUUGCUCAAGGCGAUCGACUACCGCCUCGUCAUCUCGGAGGGCGAGUGGCAGAGGUGGACGGCGGAGCUGAAGCGCGCGCGCAAUGGCGAGGCGGGCCAGGCGGGCCAGGAGGCGGGCGCAAGACGCAGCAGUUUGAGCCGCUCGCAGUCGGACAAUGUGUCGGGCGCGGCGGUGGCGCUGGACACGGAGCUGCGCGCGGUGAACCCGUGUCUGCCGAGCCAGGUGCAGCCCAAGUAUGUGCAUGUGGACGAGGCGCAGCAUGGCGCAGCGGUCAGCAUGGCACUGCCCUUCCCGCGCCAAGCCGCAGCCGGCGUGUCGGCAGAGAUCUAA